AUGGACGAGUAUGUGAACCAGGUAAUUUCGACGGCGAACCAACUGAAUGGCAUUGGAUUCAAACUACCCGAAUUGUGGAUUGGCAUGAUCCUACUGGCCGGUCUCCCGGAAGACUACCGACCGAUGAUUAUGGGGUUGGAAAAUUCUGGUGUUACCAUAACAGGUGAUUUCGUGAAAACCAAACUGCUCCAAGAGCAACCGUUGCUAAGCAACCGAAGAAACAGUCAAGCCUUCGCAACUAACAAACGAAAGGAAAAUUUCAAACUGAAAAACCAACCUACUGCAUCCAAGGGCCCGAAAUGCAGAAAAUGUGGUCAGUACGGACACAUCGCAAGGGACUGUAAGGAUUCCAGGAAAGGUGAGACGUUUUGCACGGUGCUUUCCACGUUUGGCAAAGGGGAAGGGGACGACUGGAUUUUUGACUCGGCGGCGUAUACGCACAUGACAAGCAACAAGCAGCUUCUGAAGAACCUCGAAAUCGCAAAUGGAAAAGUUGUUGCGGCGAAUGGUGGUAUGAUGGACAUCGUUGGCUGUGGCUCGGCAUAUCUCCAGCCAAUGUGCAGAGGUGAUCAAAAUGGCGUCACAGUCAGUGAAGUGCAAUUGAUUCCCGGAUUAACGGCAAAUCUUCUCUCGGUGAGUAGAAUCGUGCAGAAGGGGUACUCCGUCAAGUUUGACAACGAUGGCUUCGAAGUCCACAAUCUAAAGGGCGAGUUGGUUGCAACUGGUAGUCACUCCAACAACCAGUUCAAGCUGAACCAGGCGGUAAGCCAAAAGGCUUUACAGUGA